GUAUUACCUUUUCAAAUCAUUCGCAUUUCAAGCUUGCUUGGAAACAGACUUGCCCCAACAUACGCCUCGCCGCGUUCGCGUAUUUUUCCUAACAAAGAAAGAAAAUUUCAAGUGAAUCUUUGGUGCGCGAAUUCGAUUACCACCGACGCUUUUACUAGAAAAGGAUUGAAAAUGUCACCUAAAGCACCAAUGGUUAAGCUGAACAACGGUCUGGAGAUGCCUGUUCUGGGCCUUGGAACGUGGUUGUCCAAGGAGGGAGAAGGCAUCGAAGCUAUCAAGGCGGCAAUCGACGCUGGAUAUCGGCACAUCGAUACGGCCUAUUUUUACCAAAAUGAGAAAGAAGUUGGCGAAGCUAUUCGCGCCAAGAUCGAAGAAGGCGUAGUUAGCCGGGAGGAUCUAUUUGUGACUACCAAGCUAUGGAACACAUAUCACCAUCCAGACCAUGUGGAACAAGCGUUCCAAAAGUCUUUGGAAAACCUGAACAUCGAGUACAUCGACCUGUAUUUGAUGCACCUGCCCAUCGGGUACAAGUUCGUUGAUUGGGAUCCAAAGAACUUGAUGCCGUAUGACGCUGACGGAAAGCUGCAAUUUUCUGACGUUGAUUAUAUUGACACCUGGAAAGCAAUGGAAAAAUUGUUGAAAACCGGAAAAGUUAAGAGCAUUGGAGUUUCAAACUUUAACAGUGAACAAAUCACUCGGUUGCUCGCAGAAUGUGAGAUCAAGCCUGUGACCAAUCAGGUUGAGUGUAAUCCAAGCCUCAACCAACGUAAACUGACUGAGUUCUGCAAGGACUUGGAUAUUACUUUGACUGCGUACAGCCCUCUGGGUCGUCCAAAUUAUUACGAAAAGGAUCCCGAUAACAUGCCGAAGCCUGCUUUGGACGAUCCUAAGGUGAUUGAAAUCGGCAAAAAGUACAACAAAACUUCAGGCCAGGUAAUCCUCAGAUAUCUGGUAGACGUUGGAACUAUGCCGAUCCCAAAAUCGUCCAACCCCGAGCGCAUUCGACAAAACAUUGACAUCUUCGAUUUCAAACUGACGGAAGAGGAAAUCAAAAUCAUGGAUGGAUUCAACACCGGUCAACGCACGGUGCCGUUCAACCUCUGUACCAGCCACAAGUAUUUCCCUUUCAAUGCUGAAUUUUAAAUGAUUUUAUAUGAAAUGCAAAAAUAUAUAAUGAAGAAUAACUAGGUACUGUCUCCAAGUAAAAGUUAAAAUAAAAGAAAAGUCAUGUGAA